AUGGACAACCCCCAACAUUAUCAACCCUUGUCGCAUGCAUUGAUCCAGCCGACCCCCGCGCAGCAGAUAUACCCAGCGAAUGGGUCGUAUCACAGAAGCAGUGUUGCGGCAACGGCGGGCCAUGUGGCGGGCACGCACCACCGCGAGGAGGAAGAGGAGGAUGACGACGAGGACGAGGGCAUGGUCGAAGACCACCUCCAGCAACGCGAUGACAAUCCCAGCCAUAAUUCCCCAAAACCCAAAGCAUCAGGUCAACCAUCGCGUGGGCAUGCGUCGUCGUCGCAACAACAACUAUCACAGCAAGAAACUGAGAAGCGUCGGCCAGGCCGUCCAAAAGGAUCCAAGAACCGCAAAAUCCGAUCAACUUCGGGACCAACUCCUACACAACCCGGCUCGUCCUCGACACAGGUGCAGACGCUAAGUGCGAACUCGUCGACGGCGACCGCACCGCCGCAACUACCGGAAGUCAAUGCACAGAAUCAGCAGUACUACGAGUUCCAGUGGAGAGUGCUGAACCUGUGCGCCGAGUUCUAUGGCGCCGCGGAGGAACUGGUGAAAGGAACGCCCCCACUCGUCGUAGCACAAUGCUACCAGAUGGGUCCCGGGAGCAAGGUCGAUCCCUUGGUUAUGCUCAAUGACGCGAAGCGCGUCUGCGAUACGCUGCUAGCUAACCCAUCGCGGCUAAUCUCAAGCCCGCCACCACCAAUGUACACUGUCAUCCCCACCCUUUAUCCGCCGCAGCCUAUGCCAACUAACGCCUCUGCUGGACCCUCUAGUACUCCCGCUACCAACGGUGCACCGCCAGCUACCUCCCCUCCCACUGUCAUCACCAACCCUCAAUCUUUUGUCGUGUCUCUCGGCGCACAAGGCGCGUACCCACAUUCUCCAUACGCGCCCAUAUAUGGCAGCCAAUAUGCCCCGUACUACCCGUACUCUUACCCACCGGGCACGGCGUAUUUUUCCGCCCCUCCACAGCAGCCUGUCGCACCAGGUAAUCCGGCCCCGACAACGAGCUCGCCUAUACAGGUGCAGCCCCAACCGCCAGCGCAAGCACCACAAACACCCGCGCAACCGCAACCGCAACCACCCCAGCAUCAGCCAUCUCAGCCACCUCAGCCUCAAUCGCAGCCACAGCAUCAACCGCAGCAGCAAUCGCAAUCGCAAUCACAGCAACCGAGCCAGUCUACGACACCUUCAGCAACGACCCCGACGAUGACGUCGACUACCCCUUCGGGCAUUUCGAACCCGACGAUGAUUACAGGCGUAGGUCCUGGCAUGCAGGGGUCGUGGUCCGACGAAGAAGUGGACAGACUGCGGAGACUUGCGGAGGAUAGCAAGAGUUACAAUAGCGCGGGGGAAAUUGACUGGGAUUGGCUUUGUCGCCAAUGGGGGCAUGGCCGAACACGACAUCAAAUACUCAUAAAAGCGACGAGUCUCGGCCUGAAAGAGAGCACAGGUCGGGGCGUCAAGCGUCGGCGGGAUACGGAAGCAGCGAUGGAAGUCUCGUCGUCGUCUAUACCCACAACGCCCCAUACGGCAAAUGCGAACAUUCCUAGCAACAUCCCCGGUCCCGAUAUCGCUGCUGCCUCGGCGUCGCCUGCCAUGAGUCACGCGACCACUACGCCUACCGCGUCUCCCGCCAUGCAAAAUCAACCUCGCCCAGUUGCUCCUCCAUCCAAGCUCCAUAACUCAUCCUCUCAUUCGAAGUACUCUGCGACGACGAGUCCGUCGCUGCCAUACCCCAUGCCGCACGUUGCCUCGAGCAACGCGCCGGUGAUCUCAACCGCACCCGGUGCGGUGGAUAGCCAGCAGAGGAUGAGCUACUAUCGGCAGCAGAGGACGGGCAGCGAGCCGAAGCAUUCUGCUCAGAGCGAGAUGCCGCCGUCAAAACAUCCGUUCAUGUACCAACCCCCUUCCGGCUCGUCGAGGAUGAAGGACAAGUAA